CUCCGGAAGAUAAGGACGCGCCCAGUUUUCGAUCGGCCUCUCAGUAACUGAUUGUCAGUAGAUUUUUCAACUUUUACCAAAAACGAGUGUGAAAAUGCGCUCCAGAAGUGUUCUGUGCUUUUUGGUCAUUGGAUUCCUGGUCAUGGGAAUCUUGAUGAGCGAAGUCGAAGCGAGGAGAAAAAUUUUGCGAGGGCGAAAAACUAUAACCAGGAGAUAUUACACUGGAUCUUUUCUUCCGGCGUGGGCUAUUUCCGUCAUCACUGGAAUCCUAAUGCUACUUGCCGGUGGUGGACUGUAUUUCAUUCUUAAAAAAUGGCUUCUCGAUUCGAUAGAAGUCAACGACAGACCGUCAUACCAACCAGCCAUGCAGGAUGACAUGUGAAACUUUAUAUUUUUAUACAAACGUAAAAAUUACGAGUAUUUCCUAGGUAUUUUGUAAAUUAUGUAUUUUGUAAGCUUUUUCAUACAGUUAUGUUCAAAUACAAAUAAAACUUUUUAUCAUCUGUGUA